ACGAUGAAAUUUACAAAACCCGGAUUAUCAGAACACGAUUUAUAUGCUAAAAUAGACUUUGAAUGUCGCAUUCGAGGUGCACAGUUUCUCGCUUAUGUUCCUGUAGUAGCUGGAGGGAUUAAUGCACUAACAAUGCAUUAU